AUGACCGUGGAGCAGAAUGUGCUGCAGCAGAGCGCGGCGCCCAAGCAUCAACAGACGUUUUUGAAUCAGCUGAGAGAAAUCACUGGGAUUAAUGACACCCAGAUACUACAGCAAGCCUUGAAGGACAGUAAUGGAAACUUGGAAUUGGCAGUGGCUUUCUUGACUGCAAAGAAUGCCAAGCCCCCUCAGCAGGAAGAGACAGCUUACUACCAAACCGCGCUUCCCAGCAAUGACCGGUACAUCAGUGUGGGGAGCCAGGCAGACGCAAAUGUGAUUGAUCUCACUGGAGAUGAUAAAGAUGAUCUUCAGAGAGCAAUUGCCUUGAGUUUGGCGGAAUCAAACAGGGCAUUCAGGGAGACUGGAAUAACUGAUGAGGAGCAAGCCAUUAGCAGAGUUCUUGAAGCCAGCAUAGCAGAAAACAAAGCAUGUUUAAAGAGGACACCUACAGAAGUGUGGAGGGAUUCUCGAAACCCAUAUGAUAGGAAAAGGCAGGACAGAGCUCCUGUUGGUCUAAAGAAUGUUGGCAACACUUGCUGGUUUAGUGCUGUUAUUCAGUCAUUAUUUAAUCUUUUGGAAUUUAGAAGAUUAGUUCUGAAUUACAAGCCUCCAUCAAAUGCUCAAGAUUUACCUCGAAAUCAAAAGGAGCAUCGGAAUUUGCCUUUUAUGUGUGAACUGAGAUAUCUAUUUGCACUUCUUGUUGGAACUAAAAGGAAAUAUGUUGAUCCCUCAAGAGCAGUUGAAAUUCUUAAGGAUGCUUUCAAAUCAAGUGACUCCCAGCAGCAAGAUGUGAGUGAGUUUACACACAAAUUAUUAGAUUGGUUAGAAGAUGCCUUCCAAAUGAAAGCUGAAGAGGAGACGGAUGAAGAGAAACCAAAGAACCCCAUGGUAGAAUUGUUCUAUGGAAGAUUCUUAGCUGUGGGAGUCCUUGAAGGUAAAAAAUUUGAAAAUUCUGAACUGUUUGGUCAGUACCCACUUCAGGUCAAUGGAUUCAAAGAUCUACAUGAGUGCCUAGAAGCUGCUAUGAUUGAAGGAGAAAUUGAAUCUUUACAUUCAGAGAAUUCAGGAAAAUCAGGCCAAGAGCAUUGGUUUACUGAACUACCACCUGUGUUAACAUUUGAAUUGUCAAGAUUUGAAUUUAAUCAGGCAUUGGGAAGACCAGAAAAAAUUCACAACAAACUAGAAUUUCCUCAAGUUUUAUAUCUGGACAGAUACAUGCACAUAAAUAGAGAAAUAACAAGAAUUAAGAGAGAAGAAAUCAAGAGACUGAAAGAUUACCUUACAGUAUUACAACAAAGACUAGAAAGAUAUUUAAGCUAUGGUUCGGGUCCCAAGCGCUUUCCGUUGGUAGAUGUUCUGCAGUAUGCAUUGGAAUUUGCCUCAAGUAAACCUGUUUGCACUUCUCCUGUUGAUGAUAUUGAUGCUAGUUCCCCACCUAGUGGUUCCGUACCAUCACAGGCAUUACCAAGCACAAUGGAACAACAGGGAGCUGCCUCUUCGGAAUUGCCAAGCACAUCACCUACAUCAAUAGCUGCCAUCUCUUCGAGAUCGGUGAUUCACAAACCAUUCACUCAGUCUCGAAUACCUCCAGACUUGCCCAUGCAUCCGGCACCAAGGCACAUAACAGAAGAAGAACUUUCUGUGCUGGAAAGCUGUUUACAUCGCUGGAGGACAGAAAUUGAAAAUGACACCAGAGAUUUGCAGGAAAGCAUAUCCAGAAUCCAUCGAACUAUUGAAUUAAUGUACUCGGACAAAUCUAUGAUCCAAGUUCCUUAUCGCUUACAUGCUGUUUUAGUUCAUGAAGGCCAAGCUAAUGCUGGGCACUACUGGGCAUAUAUUUUUGACCAUCAUGAAAACAGGUGGAUGAAAUACAAUGAUAUUGCUGUGACAAGAUCAUCCUGGGAAGAGCUAGUGAGGGACUCUUUUGGUGGUUAUAGAAAUGCCAGUGCAUACUGUUUAAUGUACAUAAAUGAUAAGGCACAGUUCUUAAUUCAAGAGGAGUUUAAUAAAGAAACUGGGCAGGCCCUUGUUGGAAUAGAAACAUUACCACCGGAUUUAAGAGAUUUUGUUGAGGAAGAUAACCAACGAUUUGAAAAAGAACUAGAAGAAUGGGAUGCACAACUUGCCCAGAAAUCUAUGCAGGAAAAACUUUUAGCAUCUCAGAAAUUGAGAGAGUUGGAGUCUUCUGGAACAACAGCACAAGCAGGAGAACCAGAAUAUCUAGAGCAGCCAUCAAGAAGUGAUUUCUCAAAGCACUUGAAAGAAGAAACUAUUCGAACAAUUACCAAGGUAUCACGUGAUUACGAAGAUAAAAGCCCUGAAACAGUUUUGCAGACGGCAAUCAAGUUGGAAUAUUCAAGGUUGGUUAGGUUGGCCCAAGAAGAUACCCCCCCAGAAACAGAUUAUCGUCUACAUCACAUCGUGGUCUACUUUAUCCAGAACCAGGCACCAAAGAAAAUCAUUGAGAAAACAUUGCUGGAACAAUUUGGAGAUAGAAAUCUGAGUUUUGAUGAAAGGUGUCACAACAUAAUGAAAGUGGCUCAAGCUAAACUUGAAAUGAUAAGACCUGAAGAAGUAAACUUGGAAGAAUAUGAGGAAUGGCAUCAGGAUUAUAGAAAAUUCAGAGAAACAACCAUGUAUCUCAUAAUUGGACUAGAAAAUUUUCAAAGAGAAAGUUAUAUAGAUUCCUUGCUGUACCUUAUCUGUGCUUAUCAGAAUAACAAAGAACUCUUGUCCAAAGGCCCAUACAGAGGACAUGAUGAAGAGUUGAUAUCACAUUAUAGAAGAGAAUGUUUACUUAAAUUAAAUGAGCAAGCUGCAGAACUGUUUGAAUCUGGAGAGGAUCAAGAAGUAAAUAAUGGUCUGAUUAUUAUGAAUGAGUUUAUUGUCCCAUUUUUGCCCUUAUUAUUGGUGGAUGAAAUGGAAGAGAAAGAUAUACUCGCUGUGGAAGAUAUGAGAAAUCGAUGGUGCUCUUAUCUUGGACAAGAAAUGGAAUCAAACCUCCAAGAGAAGCUGACAGAUUUUCUGCCAAAACUUCUCGAUUGUUCUACGGAGAUGAAAGGAUUCCAGGAGCCACCGAAGUUACCUUCGUAUUCUACACUUGAACUGUGCGAGAGAUUUGCCCGAAUCAUGUUGUCCCUCAGUCGAACUCCUGCUGAUGGAAGAUAA